CACGAGCUGGACGUUCCGAGCGUGUACUAUAUUAUAAUAUACAUAGUGUGCGUGCACCGGCUUUGGAUUUCGAUCAGAUUUUUUUUCCACUAUCCACCCUCGUCAACACCUGUAGCACGGUACUAUCUGCAGAGGUCCGCGAUACAUACGCAUUUAAAAACAUAACGUUAUACACGCGGUCAUCAGUGAAUAGAUCGCUGAGCAAUAAAUUCGAGUCAAUUAUCGGGAAUUAACCACUAAGAACGAGCGGUGUUCACCAUAAAAGAACGCUUCAUUAGCCCCACAAGACGUGGUCUAAUUGGGCUUAUGAAUGUUUAACAUGUCUACUAACCUAGAAAAUCCCAUUUUAAAUUUUGACCAAUUCAACGUGACGAACGCGAUAAACGAGACGUCCAAAGCUAUAGUAGAGUCGGUUAUGAGCACAACGAUGAUAAACGACGGACCGCUGGUGGACAGCGACGCCGUAUCGCCUGUCACGCUGAGCAUGGAAUGGAGUAGGGUGGCCAGGCUGUUGAUCAUGCUUGGCCUGUCCGUCAUCGGAAGCAUUGGUAACGUGUACAUGAUCAGCUCGGUAAUGAUUGAGGACCAUCUCAACAAAAGGGGCAACACUUUCGUGGCGAACGUGGCGCUGGCCGACCUGUUAAUCAGCGGCCUGGUCAUUCCAGCAUCUGCCGUGGUCAUCCUGUCCGGUCUACAGGAUUCUCCGCCGGUGUGCCAGUUUCAAUGGUUCCUGUCGAUCCUGUGUUGCUUGGUAACCGUGCUUACCAUGGCCGCGGUGGCGGCCGAAAACUACAUAAGACUCUGUCUGACACCCGAAUGCUACGCCAAACUUACCGUCACGAAAAUCACCACGCUCUUGUUCGCCAUUUGGAUCGUCAGCUCGAUCCUGGUCACGUUACAAUUUGUCUACAAGAUGGGACCAGACUAUUGCGCCAAAAAGGUGAGCAGCAUCGUUCCGACACAGGCGCUGGCGGCCGGUGCCAUCGUGCUGGCGCCGUUGCUCAUCACGGCCGGGCUGUACAUGCGCAUCACUUACCAGGUGCACGUGGCCCGGCUGAACCCGAGCUUCAAGCCGCCGCUGGCGUUCAACUGGGACUACUCGCUGAUGCUGGCCAACGCGUACAGCUUCGUCAUGUUCGUCGUGUUCUGGGCGCCGUUCGCCGUCGUCCUGGCGCUGGCCACCGUCCAGCGGCUGUCCGCGCAGGUGUUCUACAACCUCGCGUGGCUGGCCCUCAGCAAGUCGUGCUUCAACAACCUGGUGUACUGCGCCGGCAACCGGCACUUCCGCAACGCGUACGUCAACCUGUUCCACUACUGCUGCUGCAAGACGACGGUGACGUUCUCGCGACGGGCCCGCGACGGCGUCAGCCGUCCGUCCGGCGACGUCCGCGUGCACAUCAUACCCGGCUACAACAUGUACUCGUACACCAGUCCCACCAGGUCGCGCGAGUCGGGGUCGUGCCCGCUGCAGGGCAGGCCGCGGGCCAGGGCCAACGGCGGCGGCGGCGGCCUCGGCUGCGGCGGCGGUGGCGGCGGCGGUGGCGGCGGUGGCGGCCGCGACGUGUACGAGCUGUAA